UCAUGCAAAAGAUAUUUUAUUGAGAAAGCAGGAAUAUUUAUUCAGAAAAACGUAAAUGAUGUGAAAAGGGUUGUGAUUUUUUUCCCGGGAAACUCCCAUCAUUCUCACAACCGGCAACAUGGCGGGCAGAAACUCAGACUCCCAAGUCAAAUUCGUGCUAAUUGAUGGCCUCGUUGUGUUGAAGGUCAUCAAACACUGUGAGGAGAUAGGUAGUGGAGGAACAGAGUUGGUGCAGGGGGUUCUGCUAGGUCUUGUAGUGGAGAACAGACUUGAGAUCACAAACUGCUUUCCAUUCCCCCAGCAUUCAGAAAAUCAAGAGGACUUUGAUGAAGUCCAGUAUCAGAUGGAAAUGAUGAGAAAUCUACGACAUGUGAACAUUGACCAUCUUCAUGUUGGAUGGUACCAGAGCACAUAUCAUGGUUCAUUUGUAAACAAGGCACUCAUUGAAUCACAGUUUAACUACCAGCAUUCUAUAGAAGAAUCUGUCGUCCUUAUUUAUGAUCCAGUUAAAAGUUCUCAUGGUAAAAUCUCAUUGAAAGCGUUCCGUCUCACACCAGUAAUGAUGGAGAUGUACAGGGAAGGAGACUUCUCACCAGAAACUGUAAGUUCAUCAAACCUGAGCUUUGAGAAGAUGUUUGAAGAGAUUCCCAUAGUGUUCAAGAACUCCCACCUUGUGAAUGCUCUCAUGUGUGAAAUAGAGGAGACACAACCCCCCAAGGAACAUGACCAGUUCCUGGAUCUUGCAACCACGUCUGUACUGGAAAAAGAGAUGGCUUUGAUGAUGAAGUGUGUAGAUGAACUGAGUCAGGAUGCUAACAAAUUUACAAACUUCCAAAGACAAGUCCAGAAACAGAAGCAUGCCAAAGAACAGUAUCUUAUGAAAAGGAAACAGGAGAAUGAACUGCGAGCGCAAAGAAAAGAAGCCCCCCUCCCUGAGGAAGAUAUCAACAAAAUAUUUAAGCCCCUGCAGCCACCUCCCAGAUUAGAGUCUCUACUAACAUCAGCACAGAUAAAUCAAUAUUCACAAAGUAUAAACGAAUUUGCCAAACAAAGUUUUGGAAAAUUAUUCAUGGCAGAAAGUUUACAGGAGAAUAAAGUAGCGAGUAAUUAAAUUAUGGAUUUUAUGAUUCAUCGUAUGUGCAUCUGGGAUCAUGGACCUGAGUUGUUUCAGUGAUAAAGCACAAUACAAGAUCAUGUUCCAUCAUAAGAUUCUCAUGCAGUAUUUGUGUAAUUGAUUUUUUGUGUAAUUGAUUUUUUGCGAAUAAAGAUAACAACUUUAAAAGUGCUGUAGGAGGUGAUCUUACAGUAAAACAACUAGCCUGAAUCAAGUUUUUUUUAUUUAAGGUUACGCAGCUUUGCCAAAAUGAAAUUGAAAAUUCCCUUAAUUUCAAUUUUUGCUGAACAAUUUUCCAAUGGGAUCUUACAUGUUGACUGUAUCAUGUCAUACCACAAGCAAUACAUACAGACAUACAUGUGCAUUUAUUUGUCUGACAUGUACUUCAAAAAGAAAUAAAAAUAAAAACACUCUUGUAUAAAAUUCAUUCAUUUAUUUAUUUCAUACAUUUUGGCUGAAAUUGUUUAAAAAAUAACAUAAAUAUGAGACUUCAUACUCCUCAUUCUAUUAUUAAGAUCUGUUUAAUCUAUUAUUGCACUUCAAUAAAUAAUGCAAUACAGAAUUAACAAUGUAAUCAAACUUGAGCACAUUUCAAACAUGUCUCCUUUUAUUUGUUGACUUAUGUAUUACUGUACUUAUAAUGGUACUCUUAUAUUUGAUCAUUGUACUGGAAUAUUUCAGUUUGAAAAUGUGCAGUUUGAUUAUUUUUGUUUAACAUACUAGUAGUAGUAUUUGAAUCCUGAAGGAUUCUACCUAUAAACACUCGGUAUAAUUAUCAUUACAUAAUGUCAUAUUAAGCUGGUUAACAGAUAUACUGUUUAUCAGCCUGACUUGCUACUGUUUCUUUUAAAUACAUAUAAGAUAGAAGAAGGGGUCCAUGCAGUCUUAAUCUGUUUAUGGAAAAUUGACUAUAAGGCAAUAUAUAUAUGUGUUUUGUUGAAGAUAUGAAGCAAGUCUUGAUGAUAUGGUGAUGCAGUAUAUGAAAUGCAGUCUACUUAAACACUAACCAAGUUACUCCAAAUUAUUUGCCAAAUAUUGCUCACAACAAUGUAUAACUGGCCUUUUUACAGAAUACACAGAUGAGAAUUCAAGUAAUAGUACAUAACAAACAACAUAAUAAAUUAAAUUAAAUAGACAUCAAAUAAAUACUAGUAUACAAUGUAUAAAUGCUAAAUAUAUCUAAGAAUGACUGUUAUGAAUGAAGUUGAGAAUAUGGUCUUCAAGUCAGUUGAGUUACAUGUUUGCUCUAUGAACAC